CGGGUCCGACUCAGGUGCAGAGCCCUGGGCGUCCGGCGCGGGCGCGCGGGUCCCUGAGCCUGUCCGGGUGUCUCCUGUGUCGCUCCCAGCCUGUCUGUCUGUCUGUCUGUCUGUCUUCACACUCACCCUCCGCCCGGGCCCGGGGUUGCACAUCGGUUCUGGGUCGGGCUCGAUCUGCAGCGGGAGCGUCGCCCCCAGAGCGAGAGGGCGUCAGCUCCGGGGCCGCGGCGCUGCGCUCUCCGCCGGCUCCUGGGAACCCGAGCGGUGCGGGGUCUCCGCGGGCGGCGGCGCGGUCGCAGGAGCAGGAGCCCGCGUUCCCCCGGAGCCUCCUCGCACUCGCCCCCUCUCGCAGGUCCGCGCAGCGCCCUCGGCUGCCAUGGCCGCAGCCUGGAUCCCGGUGCUCUGCCUCGGUGCGGGGCUGCUGCUGCCGGAGCCCGCGGGCUGCGAGGGAGCCGUGCCCAUUGCUAUCACGUGCUUUACCAGAGGCCUGGACAUCAGGAAAGAGAAAGCAGAUGUGCUCUGCCCCAGCGACUGCCCUCUUGAGGAAUUCUCCGUGUUUGGGAACAUAGUAUAUGCUUCUGUGUCAAGCAUAUGCGGUGCCGCUGUCCACAAGGGAGUGAUCGGCAGCUCCGGGGGGCCUGUGCGAAUCUAUGGCCUACCUGGUCGAGAAAACUACUCCUCAGCAGUUGCCAAUGGCAUCCAGUCUCAAACGCUUUCCAGAUGGUCUGCUUCUUUCACAGUGACGAAAGGCAAAAGUGCUACCCAGGAAGCCACAGGACAAGCCGUGUCCACGGCACAGCCACCAGCAGGUAAACGACUGAAGAAAACGCCCAACAAGAAAGCUGGGAAUAAAGACUGUAAAGCAGACAUUGCAUUUCUGAUUGAUGGAAGUUUUAAUAUUGGGCAGCGCCGAUUUAACCUACAGAAGAAUUUUGUUGGGAAAGUGGCUCUAAUGCUGGGAAUUGGAACAGAAGGACCACAUGUGGGCCUUGUUCAAGCCAGUGAACAUCCCAAAAUAGAAUUUUACUUGAAAAACUUUACAUCAGCCAAAGAUGUUUUGUUUGCCAUAAAGGAAGUAGGUUUCCGAGGGGGUAAUUCCAAUACAGGAAAAGCCUUGAAGCACACCGCCCAGAAAUUCUUCACAGCAGAAACUGGUGUGAGAAAGGGGAUCCCCAAAGUGGUGGUGGUAUUUAUUGAUGGCUGGCCUUCUGAUGACAUUGAGGAAGCAGGCAUUGUGGCUAGAGAGUUUGGUGUGAAUGUAUUCAUAGUUUCUGUGGCCAAGCCUAUCCCUGAAGAAUUGGGGAUGGUUCAGGAUGUUGCAUUUAUUGAUAAGGCUGUCUGUCGGAAUAAUGGUUUCUUCUCUUACCACAUGCCCAACUGGUUUGGCACCACAAAAUACGUAAAGCCUCUAGUGCAGAAGCUCUGCACUCACGAGCAAAUGAUGUGCAGCAAGACCUGUUAUAACUCAGUGAACAUUGCCUUUCUGAUUGACGGCUCUAGCAGCGUUGGGGAGAGUAACUUCCGCAUCAUGCUUGAAUUUGUCUCCAACAUAGCCCAGACUUUUGAAAUCUCAGACAUUGGUGCCAAGAUAGCUGCUGUACAGUUCACCUACGACCAGCGCACAGAAUUCAGUUUCACUGACUAUAGCACCAAAGAGAACGUCCUAGCGGUGAUCCGCAACAUCCGCUAUAUGAGUGGUGGAACAGCUACUGGUGAUGCCAUUUCUUUUACUGUUAGAAAUGUGUUUGGCCCCAUGAGGGACAGCCCCAACAAGAACUUCCUGGUGGUUGUCACCGAUGGGCAGUCCUAUGACGAUGUUCGAGGCCCUGCUGCUGCUGCACAUGAUGCAGGUAUCACCAUCUUCUCUGUUGGUGUGGCUUGGGCACCUCUGGAUGACCUGAGAGAUAUGGCCUCUAAACCAAAGGAAUCGCACGCUUUCUUCACAAGGGAGUUCACAGGAUUAGAACCAAUUGUUUCUGAUGUCAUCAGGGGCAUUUGUAGAGAUUUCUUGGAAUCCCAGCAAUAA